ACUUUUUUUUUUGGUGUAAAUCUAGACAGUAAUACCUCACCAAUAAUUCACGGUGCCUCGUAAAAAGUCGACACUAAAGCGCCCCGGGCCUACAAAUCACCGGCGGCCAAAUUAUGAGUUCGCUCGACUUCGCCAACGCGCUGUUUUCUAAAUACCAACAAGCCGCUGCGAGCUGCUCCGCUCUGCUCUUCACAGACUCUCCAACUUCUCCCUUCCAGUCUUCUUCUUCCUCUCUUGCUCCUGACGUGUCUUCUUCGUGCGCCCUCGUGUCCAGCGGAUAUCACCUCCAUGUCUCCAGUGGGAGAGGCAGCGGAGGGCUCUCUUUCCCUCCCUCUUCUUCUCCUUCCUCCUCCUCCUUUCCCUCCACCUCUUCUUCCUCCUCGUUCUGUUUGUCUCUUUCGGGAUUGAACCGGAGCAGCGGGAGUACUCAGCCCAGAGCGCAUCCUUUCAACCCUGCCGAAGUGCUCACGAGAGGGGCAUACAGCGCGCCGGGAGCCGAGCAGCUGUGCUCCUCUCUGCAGGGAUGCGCCGCGGAGCCGUUCCCCGGUCGGCCUCAGCUGUGCUCACUGACCGACAGGUUCCCUGAGCCGGCCUGCAGGAGGCAGAGUAGCCCGGAGCAGCAGCAGCGGCAGUUAAACGAGAAAGGGCUGAGGAUUUACCCCUGGAUGAGAAGCACAGGUGCCGACAGAAAGCGCGGGCGGCAGACGUACACGCGCUACCAGACGCUCGAGCUGGAGAAGGAGUUCCACUUCAACCGGUACCUCACGCGGCGGCGGCGGAUCGAGAUCGCGCACGCGCUCUGCCUCACCGAGCGGCAGAUCAAGAUCUGGUUUCAGAACCGGAGGAUGAAAUGGAAGAAGGAGAACAGGGUUGCCGGGAGCGGCUCCCCAUCUGCAGCUUUACCGACCGCUGAAGGAGAAGAGGAGGAGGAGGAGGAUGAUGAUGAGGAGUAAUAAUAAUGACUCUAACGGACACAAACAGUUGAUUUUUGAGCUCUUAAGAAAAGUGACCUUUGCUCUGCAGUCAGGUUAUCAUUAUAUUAUAUUAUAUUAUAUUAUAUUAUAUUAUAUUAUAUUAUAUUAUAUAAGCCUCAUCUCUAGAUAGCUAAUACAAGGUGGUAAAACAACAUCCACAUUUAGAACAUAACCAAGAUGUUUUUUGCUCCUUGUGUCUCUUAGUCCUGUCCUAAAAGUGCAGAAAUGACCGCAGGGACAAGAAAAGCGUGUGUUCUAUUGAGGCCUGGACAUUUAUAUAGACUCAUUGAUGUUAUAUCUGCAGCAGAAAGAGAGAUGCACUCAGUGAAACAGCAGCACUAGUGAUUUCUGUGAAUACAAAGCUUAUUGGUAGUGUUCAUUAUACCUACUGUGCAAGGUAAGCCACACAGGGGUGGAAUAGAUUGUUAGCUGUGUAUUUGUGUUAUGCUAUUAGAAUAUUAGACGCUAUGAGGUUAUUAGGCUCCACUCAAUAUUUUAGAAACACUGAGUCCAAAUCCCCCCUCCUCAGAACCCCACCCACUUAAGAAUUUUCUUUUUGUCUGGCCACCAACCAAACUCUACACAAUUUCUGAGUAUUUAAGAUAAAAAUCUGAACAUUUUAUACAUUUUAGUUAGAAUAUCUGUUACUUUAAUCUCCCUUAUGGUCUAAAUGUUUUAUUCUUCUUCUCUACAGUCAUGUAUUUCUUGUGAAAAAUGCUUCUUUGUUUGCCUAAGAACAUGUACUUUAUUUGGUCAAGUUGCCUUAAAAGAGCCAAAAUGUUUAAUAUCACUGUAUGACCUUGGUGCCAUCAAUGCUAUCUACACAGCCCAGACUAGCACCAGUUUGCAAUUGUGUUUUAAAAAGGAAUAUGGGUUUAAUUAUAUUUCAAUUAUAAAGCUGCUGACACAAAAACACACUGUACAUAAAGUACACAGAGUUAAAUGCUGAGAUACUUAAUAUAAUAAUUCAUUUCAAACUUACAGAAGUAUUUGAUGGUGCAACCAGAUAAAAGCUGCUCUAUUAAACAACAGUAAGGCGAUUUUUCAUUCUAUCGCUGAUUUUAAAAAACAUUUUUGCUGUUCACAUGAAAUUAAAAGGGAUAUUUGAAAGCCGGCCAAUGACACCCUGUCUGUGUGAGUGUGAGCUAUCUUCUGGAGUUCAGUUAUCUCCUGGAUUAUAUGCUUUAAAACUAAUUCUAGGCUUGAUUAUGUGUUAUUGUGUUGUAAGUGCACCAGUGUUUUCAUGUUGUGUGAGCUAUAUAAAUGCACUUUUUUUUCUUGUAUGUAUAUAAUAAAAAAGUUAACCACAAUAA